UGAGCUAGGCUCAGUCAUGCGUUGCGGAUAGAAGACAUUGUGAACGUCAAGUUUUGCCAAAAGGGACCCUGGGCGUCUCUGGUGUUGUGCUGCUGAGCAAUGCGGAAGACCGACUGUCACCAGAGAAACAUGAGAGCCCCCCUCUGCAGAGAAAUAUGUCGCAGAAUUUCACUUUACCACACUCCUACGUGUCAGCUUUAUUUCCACAUACAGUAAAGGGCAUCGCUUCAACAACCUUCCAGGAAUCCGUACAUCCAGAGGAGAUUAGGUGUCUGAUCCUGUAGUCCCCACCAUCGCUUAGAUUUAAAAUUUGGAACCAUGUGGAACCCAGUGAACAGUAACGACCAGGCGGGACAAGUGGCUGCCAGGAUGGAGACUACUUUGGGUAGUGCGAGCAUCUCCAUCUCCCAGCAGCAGGCACCCAAGAAAUUUGCCCCUGUGGUCGCACCCAAGCCCAAGUUCAACCCUUACAAACCGGGGGGAGAGGCCUCUGACACUUCAGCAGACUACCUUCCCCCUCCACCACCUGCGGAAGAGUCAACCGGUUUCCCGCCCUCCCCCGGUUCCUUCCCUCCUCCCCCACUGAUGAACUCAUGCGACUAUCAGAUGAAAGCACCAGAGAAGACCCUGGAGGAGAGACGCUCCAGUCUGGACGCCGAGAUCGACUCCCUCACCAGCAUCCUGGAAGACCUGGAGAGCAGCUCGCCCUACAAGCCCCGGAUCCCACAAAACUCUGGAUCCUUGACAGCCACCUCCCCCAACGCUCCAGUGACUGGUUACAAGCGUAUGGUCAUUCCAACCCAGCCACCUCUGACUGCCACCAAAAAGUCUACGCCCAAACCUCAGGCUCCUGGGGGAGUCUCGUCUAUCCCCCCUUCUUCUGCCAGCCCGGUGGCCAAGCCUCAAACCCACACUGCGCCUCAGCCUGUCCCAGCCUCUUACGCUACAGCCUCGACCCCAAGUCAGCCCACCUUCAAUGUCCAGGUGAGGUCGGCCCAGCCUGGCCCCCAGCAUCAAGCGCCAGUUGGGCACCAUUUCGGCCAGCAGCCCAUUCGCAGCCCUGCACAGGUGCAGUACAUGCCUGCCCAGCCCAAAGGUCCCGACUUUGCCUAUGGACCACCACAGCCUGGCUUCUCCCAGAUGGCGCAGGGUGCAUAUCAAGAACAGCACCAUCCAGGAGUACCUCAAGUAGGUGGCAUAAGCACCAGGAGACCUGAGUCGGCCCCCGCCCAAGCAUACCAACCUCCAGGCCCCAGAAAGACCUACAUCACAGAUGUACCACCAAGCUUGGCUCCCUACACUGCUGGACCAGCUGUUCCACCAAAGGGCAGUGCUCACAUGGCCCACCCUGAGGAUGAGCUGGAGCGCCUGACCAAGAAGAUGCUGUUUGACAUGGACAACCCACCAUCUGAGGAAUAUUUCGGGCGCUGUGCCAGCUGUGGAGAGAACGUAGUGGGUGAAGGCACCGGCUGCACCGCCAUGGACCAGGUCUUCCAUGUCGACUGCUUCGUCUGCAUGACCUGCAGCAGCAAGCUGCGAGGCAAGCCUUUCUACGCUGUGGAGAAGAAGGCAUAUUGUGAGCCUUGCUAUAUUAACACCCUUGAGACCUGCACCAUCUGCAGUAAGCCCAUCAUGGAGCGCAUCCUGCGGGCUACAGGGAAAGCCUACCACCCUCACUGCUUCACCUGCGUGGUGUGCCACCGCAGCCUGGACGGCAUCCCUUUCACCGUGGACGCUUCCAACCACAUCCACUGCAUCGAAGACUUUCACAAGAAGUUUGCCCCGCGCUGCUGCGUGUGUUCCGAGCCUAUAAUGCCAGCGCCGGGCCAGGAGGAGACCGUCCGUAUCGUGGCCCUGGACCGCGACUUCCACGUGCAGUGUUACCGCUGUGAGGACUGUGGCUCUCUGCUCUCAGAGGGGGAUAACCAGGGCUGCUACCCUCUGGACGGACACGUCCUCUGCAAAAACUGUAACACCAGCCGCAUCCAGGACCUCACCGCCAAGGCCACCACCGACCUCUGAACCGCCCGUAGCCCGGUCACCUUCACUGUGAUAACCCAACGCUCGCUCUCUCUCUUUCUGCCUCCCCCUCUAUCUUUCUCUCUCUCGCAAAAAUACCAAUCACAGAAGCCUGCAUUCCUCAUCAUAUAUACAUAUAAAUAUCCCUCUAUAUAUAUAUAUUCACUUUCAUUAACAAGAAAAAGCAUCACGUGUUCACCUGCACACAUGUAUCUAUUGAGUCGGUACACUCACAGCAGAAGAGGCUGUGUGUUUCUUAACUGUGUUAUUAAAGGAAUAGUUGAAGAUUUUUGGGAAAUGUGCUUACACUGUACACUUUCUUACAUGAGAAGAUCGAAGCCACUUUCAUGUUAGUAUGCUGAAUAUGAAGCUGCAGUCAGCAGGUGCUGGAAACAGCUGGCCUGGCUCUGUCCAAAGUUUUCAAAGAAAUCCACUCAACUGUAUCCUAAAAGCUCACCAAUUAACAUGCUGAAUCUCAUUUGCGGUUUCACAGGGGUUACGGGCGGCUUCUGGCCAAGAAGUAGUAAAUUAAAGCUGCAACUUGUCACUUUGAAACUUCAGUUUUUUGUCUUCAUGGUAAGCUAAGUUUAAGAUUGACUGUACAGAUAUAUCGACAAGAAAGCAAAUAAGCACAUUUCCCAAAAUGUCAAACUAUUGCUUAAAAUCACUCCCAAACCCAUCAGUUAACAGGUUAAAAUAUAGAUCAUCAGUCAGUGUUAUUAUCUCAUAUCAUAAUCAUCUGUUAUCGGUGUGUUCUAGCCAGGGUGCGCAUGCAUGCAUGCAAGCCCAACGUGUUCUCGCUGACUGGUUGUUUGGAUCUGAAAUGGAGUCUGGUCCACCCCGUGUUUGACACACCUGCCCUGCAGGUGAAGAUGGAUGAAUGGAUGUGUGUGUGACUGUAGCUUCAUCGGUAUUUAGAAAAACAAAGCACAUAUGGUGAGCACAUUAUUUUUAUUCUUUAGUGUUUGUACAGUGCAAAUCCACAGACGGUACACACACACACACACACACACACACACAUAUAAUAUUAUACACACUGAAGCCUAUUAUUGCAAAACAGUUAUAACUCAACACCAAAGAAUUGAAUUGAAACUGCUAUAUUUACAGUGCAACUACUUUGUGUGCAACUAUAUUAAAGGUUACCUACAUGAUAUUGAUACCACAGGAAUGACAGGUGGUAGUUCUCAGUGUCAAAGACAAAAUCCUCAAUAGGCAGCUGUUGAAUGCAAUUCCCUUUUUAACAUAAUAUUUUCUUUAUACUUCCCAAUCAAAUGUGCUUUUAUGUAUACAAUAGAUUAUUUUCUGUUGGCCUGAACAGUACAAUCAUGGCACUCCAUUCAUUAGAUAUGGCCCUAGUUUUUUUGAGCAGAUAAAUAUGUAACUUACAAUGACAUAGAUUAGAUUAGUGAUUGUGCUAUAAGAAGUCUGCUAGAGAUAACGGAUUAGAGAUGGCUAUGCAAUUUGUGAUGUUAAUUGCAUCGACACUUUAUAAGAGCUUUUAUGAAUAAGGAAAUAUUUUACCUGUACAGAUUGGAGCAUAAGUGUCCUUAUAGUAAUCCUUGAAUCCAAACAAUGCUGUUGGUACUGUGUGACUUUGUGUGUCCCUGUGCUGUAUGUCAGUAUUGAUUGUACCGCUCACGCUUGUCUUUUAUAUUUAGUGUUUGUUUAAAGUUGAUGGGCGAAGAAGGGACCAUGAGAGCUGCCCCCUAAAAUGAUUUGUUCCAUCCACGAAUCACAGUCAGUUGACCAGCAGUUUGACUGUUUGAUUUGAUAGUUACUUCAUUAGAAUCACUAGAGCAGUACGAAGACUGUCAGUUAAAGGUACCCUGUGGAGUUUUUGUCCACUUAUAUGAUUGGGUCCCCAUUUUGUUUGAAUUUUGCACAAAGACCCAUAUGCAGAGUCAUGGUCGCUAGAGUCUGGAACACCUCCAUAGACAAUGAACUGGGGAAGAUGUUUUAGAUGACACCGAGAGCACCGGGGGGAAUGUGAGGGGAGGAUAUGGGUACAUUUUCUAUUUCAGAACUAAAAACACUACUGUACAAUAGAAUAAAGCUCAUUUUGGUAUGAAAAAAAAGAGAAAACAAACAUUCUGAUGGGUUUCCAAAAUCAGUCUCCCCUUCAUUGUCUAUGGAGCAGCUCCAAACUUUAUACUUGAUGACGUCACAAGUCUGAGACUGACUUCUCUGGUUUCUGGCUUUGAGAGAGAGUAGCUUACGGUCAUAAAUAUUGAUUCCCCAGGCCUUUGAAAUAACAUAUUGGAAUUCUGAUUUAAGUGUUACUUACAUUCACUUCAUACAGAGGCAAAACAAAAUGACUACCAAGACUACUCUUUGGAAAUUACGUUUUGUGCCUCUUACUGAGGUUUGGGGGCCUUUACAUGUCUGUGUCCAAGGGCUCAUUGUGUCAUACAUAGUUUGUCCAUGGCUGUAGGCAUCACAGCGCGUGUGGGUGAUGUGCUACACAUUUGUUGCAGCUGGUUUCACGCUAUUCCGUUAAUCAACAAUUGGUGGAAGCAAUGUGUAUAGAAGCGCAUAAAUGUGCCUGCAAAAGCAGUGAAGAAGAAGACUACAACUCCAGUUUAAAGUAUACAAACAAUCGGCUUUGCAAAUGUUUACUGAGAAAGAAAAUUAAUUCAGCAUGUUUGGUGUUUAAUUUGUUUACAAGAAAACUCCACAGGGUACCUUUAGAGACGGUAGGUAAUAAGCCUAUUUGUUAUUUGGAUUGGUUUACAGUGUUUCCCAAGGUCCGGUUACAGAUGUCUUGUGCAUGUGGAUGGAUAUAUUAUGAACAAGGCAAUUAAUUAUAAUUUUCAGAGAAUUCUCUUUACUUCUUUCCUCUUUUCCUCACACAUUGAGAAGUGGUGUUUGGAUACCAGAAAAUGCUUAUACCUAUAACUAUACUGUGUCAACUGUAAUCAGUAAGUCUAGUGACAUCAGAGUGUCUGUGACUGUGGCGAUGUUUUAACCAGGAUAACACAUUGUACACGACUGUGCUAAUAAGCCCAUUAAUAAAUGAACAGUGAAUUUAUUA